AUGCGCGCCAGCGGCGCAGGGCUGCUGGCCGUCGGAUGGCUGAUCCUGGUGGGCCUGCAGGUCUCGCUGGCAUCGAAUGUCACCUCCAGCGGCCAGGAACCCGGCGUGGCCCGCGAGGGCGAGAACGAGAACGAGGCCGAGGAGGAGGCUGAGAACGAAGGCGAAGUGACCGAGACCGAUACCACGGUCGAGGCCGAGGAAGAGGGUGAGGUUCAGAACAGAACAAUAGUCAAAGAAGUAGAAUACGGAAUGUGCACAGUCACGUGUGGUGUUGGUAUCAGAGAAGUAAUUUUAACCAAUGGAUGCCCUGGAGGUGAAUCCAAGUGUGUGGUUCGUGUGGAAGAAUGCCGUGGACCUGUUGAUUGUGGCUGGGGUAGACCAAUUUCUGAAAAUCUUGAAAGUGCUAGACUAUCAUGUGUUCAUAUAUCUCCUGAAAAUCGUUUCAAAUAUAUAUGGAAGCUUCUAAAGGCAGACCAACAACCUGUUAUACUGACAAAUGACACAGCAGUCCUGGAAGUACCAAGAGAACUUCAUCCUCUGGCGUUUGAGUGUGACACCUUGGAUAAUAACGAAAUGGUAGCAUCUGUUAAGUUCACCGUCUAUACAACAAGUGAACUGCAGACGAGAAGAUCCAGCAGACCAGACACUGAUGCAGUCUUAGUUUUCGUGCUGACCAUAGGAGUCAUUAUCUGCAUAUUUGUGAUCUUCGUAUUGAUUUUCAUCAUCAUAAAUUGGGCAGCAGUGAAAUCGUUCUGGGGGGCAAAAGCCUCAACUACCGAGAUCCAGUCGGAGAUGAGUUCUAUGAGGUACAAAGAUUCGACAUCUAUUGACCAGUCACCAGCAGACAUACCUGGACAUGAAGAUGAUGCUUUAAGCGAAUGGAAUGAAUGA